CUACGGUUUUGACAGAUUUGUGGCCAGCGCCCGAGGUGGAAAACGAGGAGAUUCGUUCUGGGACGUAUAUUCCGAUAUAGAAGCGGCAGCCCGCGACUUUGCAAUACAAGGCUGCAUGCGUAAAGCGGCAUCAUUCACAGUGGAAGAAUUGGCAGAUUAUAUUGACACCAAAUAUCGUGAAAUACAUGGCUUACCGAAAGACGGCUCAGGUUACAUUCGCUCGGUUAAGAGCUGCCGCUUAGAUUUGGAAAGAUGGGGAAUAACUCAUUCGGCAAACAAAUCUCGUCCUUAUUUCGUCGGUCAUGAGAGGAGCGAUGUUAUUGAGCACAGAAAUACAAUCGUCGAUUCUUUUUUAUCGAGAGAACUUCCGUUACUUCCGUUCAAGAAAGAAUUUGAAAAUCAUAAAUUUGAAGUUCUCGUAGAUAACGCCACUACGCAUACAACAAAACUUUAUUCUGUUCAUGACUUUCGCAAAGGUGAGGGAUUUCGAUGUCCCAUUGACUUUAUUGAAUGGCAAGACGAAAAUGAGCAGCCUCAGAGAUUAUCGUGCUAUUACGAUCAAAAUAUUAAAGGCGGCUGUUCCAAAGGACUUUUAGUUUUAGCAAAAGAAUUAGGCUUAAAUUAG